GGUUGGAUUCACAUGAAAGGUAAGAUCUUAACUAAUAACUGCAUAUUUUGCUUAUAUCAAGAACAAAAUAUUCCGGUAUCGAGGUUUUAGCUUUUACGAGAUGUCAAUGUUUCACAGUUCCCCCCCACUGUAAACGUCAUGUUGCUUUUGAGUUUCCAAUUCUCCAACCAGAUCGCAUCGCGAAUUUGCGAAAUCAAGGAAAUCGCAUACCGGUACAUCCUCUAACGCCAAUUGACCCUUCCUUUCUCGUCUUUGUCCAUCACAACCUCGAUUCGAAACCCACCUAGGUACGAUUGCCCUCUUCAGAUUCUCUGCGAGUUUACAACUUCUUUACAAUCGAUGCAAUCGAUGCCAUCGACAUAUACUUCCUCCGAAAUUGGCGUUGGUUGUUGCGAGAACAAUACUUUUAAAUCCAUCGUCAUUUCUUUUUCUGAAUAAGUAUGGGAAGGUUCAAUUGGAGGAAGCUUCUAGGAUGGGAUCGUCACCCUUCGCAAAAUCAUCACGACUGGUCUGUCCAUGAAUCUCGCCGUAGACUCCUCCCUACUCAUCGUGAAGACUCGAUCGAGUCCGCCAUUCCUCCCCCCGAAGUUACCAAGAUUGCCCUCCGUCUACGAUACCUCAUCGAGCAAUGCGUGCCAUGCGAACUAGAAGAAGAGCGCGUUACCCAGUCUCACAGUAGAGUAAUCACUCCCAAAGUUGUUAAGGCUGCGAAAGAAGCCGGCGGUCUAGAGAAUCGUUCGUGUGUGGUUUUCUGUCUGCUGAUAGUCAAUCGUUGGUUUAAACACCAAGCUUUAGUCGAGCUCUGGGAUGCUCAGCUACAUCAAGUCCGCGCGGUCGCCUGUGAGGUCAUUGCGAAGCAGAUCAUAGAGGCUGAAGAUGAUAUACCGUAUCUGCUACAGUCCGUCUUGCUUAAGCGCUAUUCGAUCGUUGUCGACGGCGAGGCCACGCCACCUGUCAAUGUCAUCGAGAAGGCUGUCGACUUACACGCUCUACGUGUGAUAGGCUCUUCCGGUUAUCAGAAAUGCAUCAACUAUCUUUGGAAAGGAUGGCUUGUGCAGGACGAGAACGACCCUUCGAGCUUCGUCGAUUACAAGGAUCGUGAUAAUACUCUUUUCCUCCCACACCUUGAUCCCGACCGAAUGCGAGCCCCCAUGUACCAGAAUGCCUUCCAACUGAUCACGUCCAUCGUCUACCUCGCUCUAUACACUGGCGCUAUUAACACCAUUAACCCUGGUGGUGACCUUGACUUUGUCGAGAUUCUUCUCUACAUUUUCACCUUCGGUUUUAUAUUCGACGAGCUCACCAAGCUGUAUAAAGCCGGUUACCAUAUUCUUAGUUUCUGGAACGCAUUCAAUAAUGCCCUAUACUCUCUUCUAAUGGUGUCGCUUGCUAUGCGCCUAGUCGCAUUCUCUCAUUCGUCGGAUGGUGAUUCCCGUCAGAAGUUCAACCAACUAUCGUACAACUUUCUCGCAUUUACAGCGCCCAUGUUCUGGGCUCGCUUGCUACUCUACCUGGACUCCUUUCGCUUCUUCGGCGCAAUGCUUGUUGUGGUCAAGGUGAUGAUGAAAGAGAGCAUCAUAUUCUUUGCCUUGUUGGUCGUCGUUAUAAUCGGCUUUCUCCAGGCGUUCAUAGGGAUGGACUACGCGGACGAUAUGGCUGGAGAGGACACGCUUUUUAUCCUUCAAGCCAUGGCUAAUGCCAUUAUGCAGAGUCCCGAUUUCAGCGGAUUUGAGCGCUUUAGUCCGCCAUUUGGAAUCAUCCUCUACUAUCUCUUCACCUUUGUUGUCAUGGUGAUUCUCUUAAACGUGCUCAUCGCACUUUACAAUAGCGCCUACGGAGAUAUCUACGACAAUGCUGACGAUGAGUUCCUUGCGCUAUUCUCCCAAAAGACCAUGCAGUUUGUGCGAGCUCCCGAUGAGAACGUUUUUAUUGCACCAUUCAACCUAGUCGAAAUUUUUCUUUUGGUCAUCCCCUUCGAAUGGUGGAUGGCUAAGAAACAGUAUGAGCGCCUCAAUGAUAUUGUGAUGGGUAUCAUCUACUCGCCACUGCUUUUCUGUUCUGCUUUGUUUGAAGUUAGGAUGGCUAGGGAAAUUCGACGUAACAGGAUAAGGGGCGAAGAAGACGACGAUACCGAAGAAGAAUGGGAACAGAUGGCGGGUAAUGUCGACUUCGAAGGCGAAGGUUGGUCGAAAAAGGUCGCCGAGAGUAAAGCCAACAUCGAGGACGAUCCAGCCGUAAUCGAGGUCAAGAAAUUGAGAGAUGAAGUAGAGCAACUCAAAGCACUGAUUGAGAAUCUCACCAAGAGUUUCAACGCCAAGACAGAAAGUGAGAGUCUACUUUGAAAUGGAGUGAGGUUAGACAUCGUCGACAAAGGGGUUUUAUCUUUUAACCUCCUUUGAAUAAUCACAUUCAUUAGGGAUUAGAGUCUUGCAUCAGCAUAUACUUGGCCCUUGGGUCGUAUCGGAGUUAUGGUUGGACGAAGGGACGAACGCAUAUGCGUGCGUACCUGGUACCUUGUAUGGCAUGGUGAGUGGCUUGGCUGCGUUUGCAUAACAUCAGAUUUCAUAGUAAAUGAAGCAUGUCAAAAACAAAACUAGCAUUUUGAUGGUAUCAGGUUCAACGACCUCAACUCGAGGUGCGCUUUUCAGAGCACUUCUUUGUAUAUGUGGCUUCUUGCUAUCAACUCCUACACAAAAGAA